GUUUUCUUCCAUGUCUCCAUUUCCAUUUCCAUUUCCACUUGCUUCUGCUACUCUUUCUGCAUCCUUACCUUCAUCUAAUUCUUUCUUGGGUGCACUCUACUUUCGUUACUGACCAACUCAGUCUAAAGUCUCUCGCUUGUCUUCUCUGACAGUUGGAAUCUAUAUCACGUCCACUAUAUUCGAUCGUUGUCUGGGCAUAUCCCCUAUUCCUCCACUGAUCGACUCAACCAGAGCCAUCUUCAACACUUCGAACCAUACAACUCUUAAUACUUCGACAUCAUGCGUUUCUCCAAGCACGUCCUCCCCAUCGCUAUCCUCCUCACCGGUGUCAUCGCCGCCAAGGACGAGGAGUCUACCACUGCCGUCGAAAAGGCCAAGGCUACCAACGACAAGGCCUCCGAGACGACUGCCGACGACUCCAAAACAGCAGACGCGACAGAGGAGGCUUCUGCAACUGCCACGGGCAAGGAUGAUAAGAAGGACUCAAAGACCGACAAGUCCGACACCAAGUCUGCUACCAAGGAGAAGUCCGCUGCUUCUCAAACCACGGCUGAUGGACCUACGAUUACCUGGGACCCUCCUGCUCCCAAGACCACGGUCCCUGAUAUCAACGCUGGUUCUCCUUCGCCUAUGACUCCUGGCGUUCUUGUUCUAUCGUUGGUGCUCGGCAUCACAUCCCUCGGAAUGGCCCUCCUAUAGGAAUACCUGCCAUCCUUAGAGACCAUUGCACGUUUCAGCUUCUGCGAUGGUUCUUCUCGGCAAGCGUUUUCGGUUGAACGGUUUUGUUCAUUUUAUUUCACAUGAAUGUGGCGCUACACGGAAUGUCAAUAGCAAUGGGGAUUGAUGGUUUUUUUUCUGGCCUUUAAAUUUGGUAGAUGGACGCGUAUGUUUGUGGCGCUCAGAUAAGCCUCAUUUGUUUCGGAAAAAAGAUGGGAGAUUGCGAAAAUGAAGAAGUUUAUGGGGAAAACUAUCUGGAUCCGCACUUGGAUCUGGAAGAGCAUUGCAUUGGAGUAAUAUUGUUGAUAUAAGUAAUUGGGUCAAUAUAAAAAGAACAAUUCUUGG